AUGCGAGAUCCGCGUCGCCGGAGCCCAGAGAGCUCUCGGCGGCGAAGAAGAGACCGCCGUGAUUCUCGCGAGCAACUCGCCAACGCUGCCGACGAGAGCGUCGUAUCGAGUAUUCCUGGUCCAUCAUCUCGGGCCCCAACACACCAGCAGCCCCUGCCGUCCGUGUAUUCGCCGUCGCAAUCGCAAUACCCCCAAUCCUAUACCGAAUCUCAGAGAUACCCCGAAACCGAGAGGUAUGCCGCCCCUUCUGAGAGAUAUCCCGAUCCUCAGAGAUAUGGCGAGCCCCAACGAUACCCCCAACCCGACCAGUACCAACCUCACCAACACCACCAGCCGCAACAACAGUAUCCUCCUUCCGAGGCGUUGAUUCAGCCUCUAGGCUAUGGCGAACCCGAACGACAUGCCCAACCCCAGCCAUACCAAGGAAAUCACCAGUCCGAGAGGAUGCGCCCGCGAGGCGGCUCCAGUUCUUCCUCGUCCUCCUCCACCUCCUCCUCCAUGCUCAACAUCUCAGCAAAGAGCCCCAAGUUUGGCGGCAUCUUUAAUACUUUCUUCAGAGCCCCCUCGGAGCAGCGCAAACGUCGCAGGAGGAAGAAGCAGAAGGCCCGCAUUCUCUCCUUUGGCAAUUCCUCCUCCUCGUCCGUCAAUUCUGACAUGGCUUACGGUCGCGGCUACAUUGACCGCGACAAGAGUCAGCUUACGAGCCCCAGGCCACAGGGAUACGCGAGUCCCUCGUUGUACCGUGCUGAACCGACUGACGCCCACCAACAACAACAAGCGCGGCCCCCGAUGCCUCGUGAUAAGACCGACGAAGAAAUUCUCGAGAUUGGACGCCAACUGCAAGACAUUGCGCGCAGGCAGAAUGAGCAUGAUCUCAAGUCUGCUUCCAAGUCACGGGCGUCCCAGCUGGCCGGUACCGCCGCUGGUGCCGCAGCCGCAGCCGCCGCCUUCAGCCAUUUUCGUAGUAAGAGUAAGAGCGACACCAAGACCAGAGGAUCUGGCACUUCUAAACCUAAUGAAAACGCUUCCUCUUCGGACGAUGACUGGGAAUCGGCGUCUGAAGAUGAGUCUACUACUACGGAUGAUUCCGACAACGGCCUAGCGUAUGGCUCCUCCAUCAAGCCGUCCAAGUCGGCAAGAAUCUCAAACGAGCCUCCGGAGCAGAUCAAGCCACCCUCGCGGAGGAGUACCAUUGUGGACCCACGCCUCUUCGGUCCCGUAAACUCUCUUCGCGGCGCCGUAAAAAGCCCAUGCGGCUUUGGCGAAGAAGACCCCCGGUCUGCUGGCUCUUCCCGGCGCCAUCACGAAGAGACGGUAGCGCAGGUCGAAUCGCCCAAGACUGGGAAACAACCGAUGCAGCGUAUAUACCCCGUGCCGACCUCCGAUCCGGACAAGUUCGACUACGACCGUAGCUCUGUAACCUCAUCCCGCCAGGAUGUCCCUCAGCGUGCCCGGCCCGGCCCAGUCCCUAUCCAGCAGCCUAUCCCCAUUGUCCCUCUCCCGUCCAAGGUGUACGAUGCAGAGAGAUUCGAGGAGGAGGAGGAGCGCCGGAACUCUAAGCAACCCCGCCAGCCGCCCAAGGGAAGAAGCGCUGCCGAGAAUGCCAUCGCCGGCUACAUGGAACGUCGAGAUGACCGUCGAAGUGAGGUACGAGACCAUCAUCGGAAUGACUUCCGCGAUUCCUGGCAAAGCCGUCGUAUAGAGGAAGAGCCCGAACGCCCAGUACCAAUUGAGCUGGAAGACCGCGAUCCUCGUGAUCAGAACGACCCCCGCCGGCCCCAUCGACGCAACAACGUUGAGAUCAUCGACGACCGAGACAAGCGUCGGGCUGGCCGUUCUGAUCCCGCCUAUGAGGCCUUGAAGAAGCCCGACGUCGAGACUGACCCUCGCCCGGAGGUGUACAAGCUGCCCCAGGGUGACGAGAUUCGAGUUGAGUACGACCCAAAAGAUGACCACCGGCCACGUGAGGAACCAAAGGAACCUCGCAGGGAUGACCGUAAGCCGGUGGUGGUCGUGGAUGAACGCCGGGAUGUGAAGCGGGUAGAGAAGCCGACUGAGGCGCCCCGAGAGAUACAUGGGGUGGAGCAUCCCGAGGCCCCCAAUGCACAAGCCCCUAUUGACCCUUUCCAGUUCCAGGUCGCUGAUGAUGCGUUUCAAACGCCAAAGUACGCCACCCCGAAGAGGCCACUGACUCCCCAGGUCGUGACCGUCGACCGCGAACCCAACUUUGACGAUUCCCCGCCGAGGAAGCCCGACUACUCCGAAUCCCGAAUGAGCCGCAAAGACUCCUUUGAACUCGAGAAGCGUCUGGAGCAGUAUCAGCAAGGAGCACGAGACCGUUCCCGGACCCCUGAGCCGCGCCGCCGGAGGGAUUCCCUUCAGGAGGAACAGCAUGCUGCAAAGUCCAUCUACGAUGAGGCCAAGCAUGCUACCGUGCCUAUCGCCGCGGCCGCCAUUGCUUCUGCCAUCGCCGUCGAAGAGGAGAGAUCACGCAAGCACCGCAACGAUCAUGUGACUGAGGAUGGCUCCCGCGACAGAUCCCGAACUACCAAGGACGCCGUACAGGAAGAGGCCGAUCGGUACUACCGUGAGACUGUCAUCGCCCGCAAGAUCGCCAAGGACGAGAUCCGCUCGCGCAGUGCGUCUCCCCAUGAUGAGUCUGUCGUCGGCAAGUGGCAGGACCACGAUGAGGGCCCAGACAUCGUUACCAUCGUAACACCGCCCGAGAUGGAUCAUCCUCACGACAAGAGCCCGUACGACGCACCCAAUGCCGAUGUGCGCAUUGAUCAUGUCAUUAUCCCCGACGAGCUUUCUCGCUUCCGUUUGCCACACCGUCAACUCGAUCCUGGCGCACAGCCAAUCUUCCAGUCUCGCGAUCCUUCUGCUGAGCAGGCCAAGCAGCUAUUACGACACCCCUCAAAGCCCGGAAACCGUUGUGGCGCUUGGUCCGAAGACUCGUGGAUUUCAAGACGCACCCACCUGGGAUUUGCCCACUUCAUCUGCGACAACACAACCUCAUGA